GGAGGAGAUUCGACUGGGAUGGAUAGGGCACGUGUAGGUUGCUUUGAAUUUUGAUGAAAUGGCACUUGGCAGCCAGAUGACGAUGUAAAAUGAUGUGGAAUGAGAGCUGAUGACGAGGACUUGGUUUAUUAUGAUGGACUGUACUAAGGAGAGUAUUGCAGCCAUUGAAUGGAGUCAAGAAGUACCAAUCCAAAGUUCUAGUUCCGUCUUGAUAACUCUUCACAAAGAGUGUAAAAGAUGGGAACAUCUACGAGCAAAGGCCCUUUGUUCAUCAAUGUUUGAAGAGUACAAGAAACACACCGAUGGCGAUUGGGGAUCAUCUUGUGUGGAUGAACUCUUCAUCAGUUUUCUCUUAGACAGGCUUGAGGAAGAUCUGGACGAGGAGGAAAAGUUACAUCCCUGUAAACCACAGAGUGAGGUGGACAGAUCGCAGUCCCAAUACCUACCUGAAGAGCAAGUACAAAGACCAGUGAGACAGAAAUCAUCCAGAGUUUUAAAUCAACAAAAGGAAACAUCUCUCGGGGACAAGAGCAAGGAACUUUCCAAUGAUGAUGACCUGAUUAAACCAGUCAGAAGGAGCAAGCGAUCCACACAAAAGAAGAUUGUGGAAAAAGGAACAGCAGUAAAACUAAGGACAGGACCUACUUCCACCCAGAAGACAAGCAAAUCUGAAAAAACUGAAGACCUUAACCAAAAGCUUGCAAUCAAAAUUGAAAUGGAUACAGUGAAUGAAUCUGCAAGUCCAUUGACACAAGAAGAAGAAUUCUUAAAGACUGCUGGAUGUAGAGACAACUCAUCGAGCGUGUGUGAUCCUCAAGACAGUUCACAAAGCAAAAUGGCAGAAAAAAAAUCAAUAAAACCAAGAACCUCAAAACAAAGAUCUAAAGAUGUGAUGAAAAAGCAGAUGUCCAAGAUUUCCAAAGGAAUCGAAGAAGAUAAGUCUAAAGAGGGCGCCGUAGAAACAAAGAGGAAAAGAGGACGACCAGGGAAGAAUAUGGAUGCUGCUGAAAGGGAGGCAUUGAUAUUCAACAAACGCCUGAAGGAGAUACAGCACCAAGAUCUUCUCAAGAUGUUUACAUGUCGCACCUGCGGUGAGCAGUUUCAUGAAUCAGAGAACCUCCGGAUGCAUACCAUUACCGCCCACCUACCUAUCAGCAUUCCAGAUACCAGUAACACUAACACAAUCAAGGAGGACGGGGAGGAGACACAAUUCACACACAUUGAGAUUGACCUGACCCUUUACCAGCAGGUCAGCGAGGUGGACAUUCAAGAAUUGGCAGUCAUCCUAAAAUGCUGUCCACAGUGCAAUGAGUAUGUUGAAGAUCUUAAAAAUCACCUUGAGACACACAUGGUCAAGAACUACAUCUGCGAAGACUGCGGGAAAGGGUUCGCCUGCCAGAAGCAGCUGAGAGUGCAUAUCGGUUACCACAAGAUUGAUCGGACGGGUGUGAUGCCGUACUCCUGCAAUUUCUGUGAUAGAACAUUCCGUACGAUACAGGCAUUGUGCAUACACCGGCCGCUGCACAGUAAAGCCAGGAAUUAUGUCUGUGAGCAGUGUGGGAAGGCCUUCAAGUCCAACACGAGACUCCAGAAGCACGCCGCAAUCCACGCAAUAAAGAAGCGCUAUUCCUGCUCGUUUUGCGGACGGGGCUUUGCACAGAAAUGUAAUUUGAACCGUCAUCUGCGAAUCCAUACAGGAGAGAAGCCAUAUUGUUGCCAUCACUGCAGUCAGGUUUUUAAUCACAAUGUAAGCCUGAAGAGACACAUGAAGAAAGAUCAUUUUAUUGAGAUGCAAAAUAAUGUCCAACUGCCUGUCAAGGAAGUUGAUGACUUUCCAUUAGGAAGAUUGCCCAUCCAGAAGCUUCUGCUUUGACCCUUUAGAUCCUCAUCAUAAAGUCAUAGAGAUAUUUUUAUACAGACCCGGGUGACUAGUGAAAAUCACUGUUCGACUAGUCGUGCCUCAAUUAAUAGUCGUGACUUCUACACUAGUCGAAUAUCUUUUGAUUUCCAAGAUGCAUUGUGGCAUAUUGUCUGCCGCAGACGCAAUAUAGCAAAAUUCGUUGGAGUGAAGGAUUGUGUCAAUGUCUGAUUGUAAUUCGGAAGUAAAUUAUGUUGUUGUCAAUAGCCGUCAGCCGUUAACCAAGCAGGUAGCGCUACUCUUUUUGUAGUAGUUGUGGCGGUAGAUUAGCCGAGCAGUUGGAAAAUGGUAGUUGCGACCGUCGACUUAACACUCAAUAGCCUCUAGACUCUUGUCACCAAGGCUUAGUUUGUAUCAUGUGGUGGGGGGGAGGGCUGCCUCGAUCACCGAGUCAACACCCAUAAAAGUUCAUUGUACAUGUACCGGUAGUCCUUGUGGUCCUCAUACGGUCAACAAGUCAUCAGUGGACAAAUGGUUAAAGGGAGUGGGCUGCUUUAAUCACAAGUUUUUCUACAGCUCUUCAUGCAGAUUUCCCUUCAUUCAGUCAAACUUCUAAUCCUUGAAGUAUUUUAUUCCAACAUGCAAUAUACAAGACUGUUUAAAGGCGCUGGACACUGUUGGUAAUCGCUCAAAGUAGUGGUAUAAAUCUAAAAAAUCUUACUUGGUAACGAGCAGUGGAGAGCUGUUGAUUUGAUAUUCAUAAAUACCUUAGACAGUUUA